CCACAGUCCAUUCUAUGGUUCAUGCCGAUACUCAUUGCUUUUAUAAUACCACUUGUGGAUAAAUUGAUUAGAUGAGGGUGAAUCACCUGGCUGGCCAAUGGCAAUUGGAAUGAUUCUCCACGUGUGACUUUGUUGCACUAUUACAAAAUGUGGCAGGAGAGACCUGCCCAGUAUUCAGUGCCGAUGUUCAUUUGUAACGCUGUCUUGAGGAGAUGAGAGCGAAUUGUUCCAGCAGCUCAGCCUGCUCUGCCAACAGUUCAGAGGAGGAGCUACCAGGGGGACUGGAGACACCUGGGAACCUGCAGCUGGUUUUCACCGUGGUGACAGCCGUGAUGAUGGGUCUGCUCAUGUUCUCUCUGGGCUGCUCUGUGGAGGUCCAGAAACUCUGGUCCCACCUCCGGAGACCCUGGGGCAUCGCUGUGGGCCUUCUCUGCCAGUUUGGACUCAUGCCUCUGACAGCAUAUGUGCUAGCCAUCAGCUUCUCUCUGAAACCAAUCCAAGCUAUCACUGUGCUCAUCAUGGGGUGCUGCCCUGGGGGAACCAUCUCCAAUGUUUUCACUUUCUGGGUUGAUGGAGAUAUGGAUCUCAGACACAAGAUAUUUGCAAAUCCUUAUGAUCUAGUCCAUCUGAAAUUUUUUGUAACUCAGCAACAAUCUCAAGAAGAAUGGUUAGGAAUUACCCUUGUGUGCCUGGCCAUUCCUGUGGCUUUUGGUGUGUAUGUGAAUUACAGGUGGCCAAAACAAUCAAAGAUCAUCCUUAAGAUUGGGGCCGUCGUUGGUGGGAUCCUCCUUCUGGUGGUCACAGUUGCUGGUGUGGUGCUGGCAAAGGGAUUCUGGAAUUCAGACACCACUUUUCUGAUCAUCAGUUUCAUCUUUCCAUUGGUCGGCCAUGUGGCAGGCUUUCUACUGGCACUCCUUACCCACCAAUCAUGGCAAAGGUGCAGGACAAUUUCCUUAGAAACUGGAGCUCAGAACAUUCAGAUGUGCAUUACCAUGCUCCAGCUAUCUUUUGCCUCGGAGAACUUGGUCCAGAUGUUUAACUUCCCAUUGGCUUAUGGACUCUUCCAGAUGCUGGAUGGAUUUCUCAUUGUGGCAGCAUACCGGGCAUACAAGAGGAGGCUGAAGAAGAAGGGUAGGAGGAAGCCCCCGGAUUGUGCAGCAGUCUGCCACGACAAGAAACCCAAAGAGACUGGAGCUUUCUUGGAGGCGAAUGAAGAAGCUGGGGGAAGCCCAGGGCCCUCAGAACCCAUAUUUUACCACAGGGCUCUUGAGCCUAUCGGCCAAAUCACUUCAUGUGACUAGAGGGACUUGCUGGCCAGGCUGCUCCUCCAUCUUCGUUGGUGGUCUGAUAGUGGUGCAGCGCUCCAGGCCCGGGUCUGGUUGGCAGGGCUGUGUAACUGUUUAAGUAGCAAAUGUUAGAAUGCAUGCACUUUUGUGUGGAUCAUUGAUUGUACUAGGAGCACUUUUCUGAGAAUGUGUGUUGCUCAUGGCAGGAAUCUUUUGGGGAUUUGUACAACCGGUGUGAACCUGCUGAGUAACAUCUUGUUUCCCCAGGCAGUGAACAGUGCCUAGUAGUGGACAGUAGCCAUUGUAUGGCAGGACCCAUGUUUUUUUCUUUUUUUCUUUUCUUUUUUGUGCUGGCCCUGGGGCUUGAACUC